UCUCUUUCUUGCAAGGCAUGCCAAACCACCUUUCCCACCCUUUACCUCUCCUCAGUUUCCCACUACUUAUAUACAAAACAGUGCCUGCAAGAAACCUGUGUAUACAAAUUGAAAGGGGAAUCAAAACAAAGAGAAAAGAGAAGUGAAAGGUUCUGUUGCCAUGGAGAUUAAGGUAGAAUCUAAUUCCCAGCAUCAUGAUGAAUCAAAACAUCCCCUCUUGCGAGAUACAACUGAAACAGAAGAGAAAACACUGAUACAGAAAGCCAUUAGCCAGACAUUUAAGAGCACAGCUCAUUUGGCCAAUCUUUUACCUACUGGAUCAGUCCUUGCUUUCCAACUUCUAUCACCCAUUUUCACAAAUCAAGGUAACUGUGACUCGGUCAGUCGGUUCAUGACUGCUGUGCUUGUUACCCUCUGUGGGGUGUCAUGUUUCCUUCUAAGCUUCAGUGACAGCUUCAGGGACAAGAAGGGAAAUGUUUGUUAUGGGUUUGCCACAUUCCGGGGCCUGUGGGUCAUUGAUGGGCCAGCCGACCUCUCACCUGAUCUUGCUGCAAAAUAUCGGCUGCAAUUCGUAGAUUUCAUGCAUGCCUUCAUGUCAAUUCUGGUAUUUGUGGCUGUUGCACUCUUUGAUAACAAUGUGGUAAGUUGCUUCUUCCCAACGCCAUCAGAUGAGACGCAGGAGAUCCUCACAAGUUUGCCAGUCGGAAUUGGUGUAAUUUGCAGUAUGUUGUUUGUUGUGUUUCCUACCCAGCGCCAUGGAAUUGGCUUCCCCCUCUCUGCAAAUUAACAAGAAACCUCUUUUGUUUGGUUUCUAGCUAUAGAUCUACCUCCAUGCCUUUAAAAAGUCAUAAAAUUCUGUGGAUUCAUGUGAAUAUAUACUGCAACAGUAUUCCGUUGUGUUCUCUUUGAAGUGCAUUCAUAAGAUGAUUCUCUGCAA